AUGCGGGCGGUGGCAUUAUGCAAUCGGGACAAUGGCUCCAUCGUGUUCAUCCUGCCCUUCCUGGCCCUGCUGUGGAGGGAGGAGGGCUUCACAGGGGGACAAAUCGGCAUCCUGUCUGCCGUUCGCCCCUUCAUCUGCUCCAUCAGUGGCCAGCUGCUGGUGGGCCUGGCAGACGCGCGGCGCUGGCACUUUGGCAUCACCGUCGUCACUUACCUCAUCACGCUGGCCUCCCGCGGCGGCAUGGCCCUGCUCCACGGCUUUGCCGCGCAUCUGCUGCUCAUCCUGGCCAGCGAGGCCUGCCAGUCCCCCUUCAGCAUCAUCACAGAUGCAGCCAUCGCGGCGGCCACCAACGAGGCUGGCUACACCCGCAAACGGGUGCUGGCAUCGCUGGGGUGGGGAGCCCUGGCGCCGCUGAGCGGGUGGAUCGUGGGGCGCUGGGGCGUGCCUCACAGCAUCGCCGUCUACUUUGGGCUGGUCAGCCUGGCCCUGCUGCCCACCCUGCUGCUGCCGCUGAGAGAGCUGGGGCGCAAGGCCACGGCCAGCAAGGAAGCAGACGCGCUGGGCGGGGGCAGCACCAUGCAGCUGCUCCUCAAGGCGGGCGGCACCCUCGGCCAGCUGGACAGCCGGCAGCACAACGGGCACGCCGCUGAGCUGGCCAUUGAGCUGACUGAUGCGGAUGCGCUGGUGCCCAAGGCGGCGGCUGAUGGCUGCCUGCUUGUGGAGCGCAUCGCCAGCAAGGCCAGCCAGGCAGAGGGCCCUGGCAUCAUGCUGCACCCCCUGGUCACCACAGCAGACGAGGAUGCCGCCGGGGAGGCUGUCGCCACCGCCAAGGCCGCAGCAGCCGAAGCCGCGCAGUCUGCCGCUGACGAGGCGGCAGCGGCUGCCGGCGGCGAGGAGGCCUGGAGCAUUCCGGCCGUGGGCAGCCCGCUGGCAGCGCAGUGCGGCAGCCUGCCGCCGAUUGCCUGCCUGCACCAGGCUGCGUCCGACGCCAAUGCUCUGCUGCCCAGCACCGCGACGGGCUCCACGCCAGGAAGCACCCUGCCUGUUGUCCCGCUCGCCAGCGCAGCCCCCCAGCCCUCUGCCCUGGCUCGCACCACCAGCAGUGCCAGCACAGCAUUCUACAGCGCGCGCAGCGGCUCCAGCUACAGCGCUGUGCCCACCGCCAGCACUCCAGCUGGCAUGCUGUGGAGCCCGCGUGGCGCCGGCGGCCUGGCCCUCGGCCAGCCCCGCUCCGCGCUGCUGCAGCAGUACAUGGGUGCAGCGAGGCAGGGCGGGCCCAGCACGCUCAGCACGCCGCACACCACGGCGCCUCUGGCGGCGCCAGCGGCGCCAGGGCCGACGCCGCAGCUGCAGCUGCAGCCGCAGGGGUCGCUGCUCAAGCAGGUCAGCAACGUAUCGCAAGCGCUCAACGGCUUCGACCAGUCCUUUCUGGAGGGCUCAGUGUCAGAUGGCACAUACCUGACGCCGCGCGCCGGCAGCUUCCUACCGCCGGCCGUGGAGCUCAGCCUGCCGGAAGUGCGCACGGUGCACCCGCCACACUUUUUGGACGGGCGCCAGCAGAGCGCUGGCGAGAGCGGCAGCAUCCGACUGUCAGAUUUCAGCCUGCGGCUGACAGACGGCAGCAUCCGGCAGUCGACAGAGGGCAGCCAGCGGCUGUCGUGGCGCCGCCGCAGCAGCCUGCUGCCGCCCGGCAGCCUGGAGACAGCCAAGGCGCCGCUGGCAUUUGCAGAGCCGGGCGCCACACCCGCUGGCGGCAUGGGCGCCAAGGAGCCGCUGCUGCUGGCCACUUCAAGCCUGGGGGAGGAGCGAACAGAUGAGGUGGCUGUUCCCAUCAGCAGCCACGCUGGUGUUAGGGAUGUCGAGGAUAGCAGCCAGCAUCUGCUGGGGGCUGCAGCCACGCCGGGCUCCCCAGGCGGCGCCCCCGAGCUGUCGGUGUGGGCGGGCAUCCGCCACCUGCUGUCCAACCCGCACCACGCCGCCUUCUUUGCCACCACCUGGCUGAUGGGCAUCGGGUACGGCUGCCUGGGGUACGAGAACCUGUACCUCAAGGAGAGUGGUGCCCCCGGCAUCCUGCUGGGGAUCGCCAUUCUGGUCAGCACCUGCGGGGAGAUGCCCAUCUUCUUCACCGCGGGGUGGUGGCUGCCCAAGCUGGGCCACGAGCUGGCGUUCAAUGUGGCGAUGGCUGGCUGGGUGGUGCGCCUGGCGCUCUACACACUGCUGCCGCUCUUCCCAUCGCCCUGGUGUGUGCUCCCGGUGGAGCUGCUCCAGGGACUCACCUUUGCAAUGGCCUACGGCGUGGGCACGGUGCACGCCAAGGCCAUCGCCCCGCCCCACCUGCGCUCCACCACCCAGUCCAUGUUCUUCUCGCUCUACUACGGCGUGGGACCCGGCAUCUCGGGCCUGGCGGGCGGCUACAUCUACCAGGGGCUGGGCAUGCGCUGGGUGUUCAUCCUGGGGUCGGCCACCCUGGCGGUGGGCUGGGCAGCCAUCCAGCUGGCGCUGCGCUGGGCCACACGCGCCGAGCGGGCGGCGGCCGCGGCGGCCCGCAAGCUGGCGCCGUGA